GCUCUUCCAACAUAAAUCUUUCCAUGUGUCCCGCAGAAUUUAAUCUUCAUGAUGUAGUGACUGCCUUUAUAGACAUAAACACUUUAAGCAAACAACAAACAUAUUUUGGAUAAAUAACAGGAUUUUUAAAAGUGCGCAACACGUGAAAAAUGUGACAAACGAGCGCGCGCAGGAAAUCAAUACGGUCGCUUUCCUUAUGCAGGAAAUUUCUUCGUGUUUAGGAAAAUAAGAGCAGCUUUUGUCUGUGACAUAAGUUUUAUAUAAUCUAUAUUAGAUUGCUUCAAAACGUGUCGAUCAUGCCAUCCAGAGCUGAUAACACAACUUUCGGCUACACUUACCAUCUACCGGCUGGAGGAUGGGCUGCCAAAAUACGAAACGCUUUGUCACAAUUUUCUGACAUAUUCAGCGAGUUUGACAAAUAUAUUGCGCCUGCCUACCAUCAUGACAGAUGUGAACGGUCAGUUCAAAUGAGGCUCUAUACAAUGCAUAAACGAGAAUUUGUAAUGGUUUUUAUAACAUUUUUCACUUGUUUUGGAUUAGGCAUAUUUGUUGGUCUUGCAGGUCCUCCCAUAACCUUAACCACAGAAGUAGAUGGAGUUUCUUUACUGCCAAAAAAUAACAACACCAACCCAAACAUAAAUAAAAAUAUAGCGACGGGGCCGUUUAUUAUGAAAACGCCAAAAUUAUCAACAUAUUCUCAACAAUUGUGGAUUAUUGCUAAAUUGUCUACAGAAAACACAGAUGGUGAAAUUAUAGACAAAAAGUUCAAAAUAUCUGUGGGCAUAUCAGGCUUAACUGAAGAACAUAAACCAGUCAGUGUUAUGGAUGUUAACGCAAAUAAUAGAACAAGGCACCUAAAAUGUGAAAAACAACAUUGUGAUGAAUUCAUAGUUCUGCAUUUGGGCUUUUUAGAUUAUACACAUUAUAUUAUAACAGUCAAUUUCUACGGGCUGGAAGCAUUCCAUUCAAGAUACAAUAUCAACGAGCUAUUUUUCUAUUUUAAAACUUACAAUCCAGGAUUUACUCAGAUUGAGAUAUGGUUCAGAUUUAUAUUUUUGGUAUUCACUUUCGUAGUUACGUGCUGGUAUCAACAUACUUUAAGAAAGUAUCCCAUGUAUGAUUGGUCCAUUGAGCAGAAGUGGAUGUCUAUUUUGUUACCAAUGCUGAUGGCAUAUGACAACCCAGUAUUUCCAAUGUCUUUCCUGAUAGACUCGUGGAUUCCCGGCAUGAUCGACGCCAUUGCUCAAGCUACAUUCCUGUGUGCGUUGCUUUUGUUCUGGCUGUGCAUUUAUCACGGGCUAAGACAGAACGAAAGACACUUUUUGACAUUUUACAUGCCAAAAGUUUUUAUUGUGGCUAUGUUGUGGUUCCCUGCCAUAAUAUUAUCAACAUGGGAUAGGAUAAAUGAACUGGAAGACCCAACCUACAACCAUGUCGUAGACACAUCUAACUUUUAUAUUGUUAAAGCAUUUUUCUACAUUUUUGGAGUCGUAUACUUAUUGUAUUUAUCAAUUUUGAUAUUGAGGGCUUAUACAGAAUUGAGGUCGAUGCCAUUUUUUGGCCUUCGAUUGAAAUUUUUAACCUUAUUAAUGUUGGUGGUACUGGUAAUAAGCUGCGUCAUAACAGUACUGAGAUUUGGUGUGGGCGUUUUGGAAGACAACUUUGUUGCCCAACUGUCAACGCACUAUAGUAAUUCUUCCCAAUUUAUGUCAUUUUAUGGGUUAUUAAAUUUCUACCUAUAUGCCAUGGCAUAUGUGUAUUCUCCAGGAAACAGAAACAUACACGACAUUGGUAUAACGAAAGAUAACCCAGCAUUCUCCAUGAUCAACGACUCAGAUGAAGACGUCAUCUACGGAUCAGACGAAGAAAGUAGACGACCAUUAAACAGAACGAGAAAUGACGACGACAGUGAUUAGAUACAAAUUGAAGGAAUAAUUGUUAAUCCUCAGUGAAAACUGGUAUACUUUUUGUCUUUUAUACCAAAACAUGACAGAUAUAGGUAUACCUACUUAAAUUUCAGGAUUGUGAGAACCAAGGCUCGACAAAUAGAAAAAUACUAAAGAAGUUGAA